AUGUUCCGAAGUCGUAGUUGGUUCGGAGGUGGUUGGGGUCGACCAAAAAACCCCCAUUCUUUAGAACGAUUAAAAUAUUUACACAACAUUCUCUGCAAAAAUACUACUGUGUCUGAAAGCAAUAGAGGUAUAUUGGUAGAAUCAUUGCGAUGUAUCGCAGAAAUAUUGAUAUGGGGUGACCAAAACGACAGUUCUGUAUUCGACUUUUUCUUAGAGAAAAAUAUGCUAUCAUACUUUCUGAAGAUUAUGAGACAGAAGUGUGGCGGGUCUUCCUAUGUUUGUGUGCAGUUACUGCAAACCCUCAAUAUACUGUUUGAGAACAUAAGAAAUGAAACAUCAUUAUAUUAUUUAUUGAGUAAUAAUCACGUCAACUCUAUAAUAGUUCAUAAAUUCGACGUCUCGGAUGAAGAAGUGAUGGCAUACUAUAUAUCAUUCCUCAAGACACUCAGCCUCAAAUUGAACAAUCAUACAAUUCAUUUUUUCUAUAAUGAGCACACAAAGGACUUUCCCCUUUACACAGAGGCUAUAAAAUUUUUUAAUCAUCCAGAAUCGAUGGUUAGAAUAGCAGUGAGGACUUUAACUCUCAACGUAUACCGAGUACAAGAUGCCAGUAUGCUGCGUUUCAUCAGAGAUAGAACUGCAGCCCCAUACUUUAGUAAUCUUGUCUGGUUUAUCGGCAAACACAUUCUGGAACUAGACGCGUGUGUCAGAAACGAUGCUGAUCACCAAUCUCAACAGAAACUUGCUGAUUUAGUGGCCGAACAUUUGGACCAUCUGCAUUAUAUCAACGAUAUUUUAUGCCUAAACAUUCCUGAUCUCAACGAUGUUUUAACUGAGCAUCUACUGCACAAACUUCUAAUACCUCUAUAUAUUUAUUCUUUGACGUCUGAAUCUGCAAAACGUCCUGCUACGUCAUCUCCAUAUAACCGGGACCAUUUGCAAAGCAUUGAAGUAAUUACAAGGAAUCUAGAAGCUAUACUAACUGGAAAGAGUACGGAUACGCCCCCAAGAAUUAAUUAUCCCUUGCAAAGACUUGAGUCUGAAGAGGAGACAAAACCGUCUGUGUCUUGUGUGGUCGCUUUAUUUCUUUUAUCACAAGUUUUCUUGAUAAUAACACACGGUCCAAUAGUCCACGCUCUCGCUUGGAUCAUAUUACAAUCAAACUUAUCAGUAUUCGAAGAUGGCGCCACUAAAAUAUUAGAUAUGUAUGUCAGUAAUGCAAAGUCAAAUGUGAAAUUAGAAUUCUCUAAGCCCCAAUUGAGUCUGGAAAAGGCGUUAGAAAAUACGUCUUGCGCUGACAGGGAUUACACGACUCCAGAGUAUGCUGGCGCAAAAUCUUUUGGUUACGAUACAGACCAGUCUAGUUGCGAUCUUGACCCUGAAUUAGUUUCCUCAAAGGCUGUGUCGGAUUUUAACAAUAUAACGGAUGAGGAAAAACAAAAAUUGUUAGGAGUUAAAGCAAGUGAUCGGCUUGCGAACGUGGAAAAUGUAUUGGAAAGAGAAAAUAAAGAUGUAGAUAAGAGACCAUUCUUAAAAACGAUAUUAGAUUCAUUAGAUUGUAGCGAAAAUGACUAUAAAGCGCUUUUCGCGCUGUGUUUGCUUUAUGCAUUGAUAAAUAAUAAAGCGUCUAAAGUACGACUAGUAACCUGUGAACUAAGCGUUCGUCUGUUACGAACAGCGAUGCAAGGUAGUACUGGUGUUGCCAGUCCGAGGCAUAUUUCCACUGCGGACAAUUUAAGAGCCCGAGCUGCAGCUUUAGCUAGGAACUUUUAUAAGUGCGAUGAUAUAUUCUUGGACAUGUUUGAAGAUGAGUACUGCGAGAUGAGUAAACGACCCCUAAACGUAGAGUGGUUAUGUAUGGAUGCAGCGAUUCUAUUGCCCCCGACCCGCACACCAAUGUCUGGAAUAGCAUUUGAAAAGCGAAUACCCAGUGGAGAAAUGGAAAGGGCGCGUCGUGCUAUUAGGACGUUCUUCCUUAUAAGAGAUUUAUACCUUAAACUAACCGGAAAGGCUGAAACACAAUUACCUUUAGCAAAUCCCGCACCUUUUGUACAAGUCGGAGACACAUUAGACCUUAACGAUUCCGACCUGAUAUCGUGCGAUAUAAUACAAAAGGAUGGAACGUGGCAUCACAGGUUCCUAGCCGUGGAUAAUAUACAAGUGAUCCUCGUUGAACCGGAUAAGCAGAGGUUGGGGUGGGGGGUGGCGAAACUUGUGGGUAGCUUACAAGAUUUGGAGAUACAAGGUGACAAGGAAGAUCCACGUUGUUUACAUUUAACAAUACACAAACCGCGCGUAGGUGCUAGCGGUGCUUUACCACGGACGGUACUAUUAAGGGCCAAAUUCAAGUUCGACGACCACAUACGAAGUAUGGCGGCGAAACAGCGACUGACCAAGGGUCGCACGAAGUCCCGCCAGAAGAAGAUGCAGCAGAUCGGGCGCCUGCUGGAGGUGUGCGGCGUGUCGGCGCCCGCGCCCGCGCCGCGCCACCGCCCGCUGUUCGCGCGCCCCGCGCUCGCCGCGCGCCGCCCCUCCGGUAUCGACGGCGAGCACUCGGAACGUCGCCUGAGGCGUCCGAGCGGACCUGUUCUCAAAGACGGCAUUGUGAUUUACCGCGAACGAACUACCAGUCGAGAAAGUAGCGUUUCGCGAAGCAGUAGCACCCACGGCUCGAGGGAGAAUUCGCCGCGAGCCAGAUCUGAAGAAAUACCAUUAGAAGAUAUAAGAAGAAGUUCUGGUUUAGCUGCGGCCAUACCGUCUACUAGCUCACAACAGAGUACACCAAGCACACCUAAACACCAGAAAGUAACCGCCACAUCGUCAGAAGAAACAUCGUUCAUAUCAAGCGAACCGCGAUCAAAACGGAAAGGAAUCGUCGAGACGAUAUGAUAUUAGCCUAAAUUUUUAGACCUGUAAUAAAUUACAAGGUAAUAUCUGACACUAAUCUCUGUACACUUGACAGAUGUAGCGAUAUUUUUUA